AUGCUAACAAAGAUAAGGACACUGCUUCACGGCAAGACUGAUGAGCCCAAGAGUGCUGUAAUACCGCUGUGGAACCAGCUGUACUGGUUCUCCCUUGUAUGGUAUGCAGUAAUAGGAAUUCUGCUCAUGGCGCACGCUUCUCCCAUUUUUGGUGUCUUAUAUACACAAGCAAAGAGAGCCACGGGUUCCAUUCCUACGUCUGUGUCAAAGCUUACUAUUACCAGGAGUAAACCGUCCGAUAACGUACCGAGCAAGGUCUAUUUGACGUUCGUUGAUCAUAACAGAGCUCGCAUUGAAGAUGUAGCUGAGAACCUGAAAUGGAACACGCAAGACAUCCAACUAAAAAUGGAAGUCGUGGACACUAAAAAUCGCAUACUUUCAGAAUUUUGCGAGUACAGCGCCAGCGACAAACUGGGCAAACAGGAUUUGGGCAUUACACAUGAUCUCUACUCGCGCACACAACGAUGGCACCAGCUCGCUGCGGAGGCCAUCAUACCCGAUAGAAUUCUAGAGCCAACUGAUACAAUAGCCGGUAAUAAGGAAAUCGUCUGGCUGCAAGCACUGGAAUGCACGACCGAGCUACCAUACGCCGCGAAACUCAGUGAAGACAUCAUCCUCAUUACAAGCAAAACAGUAGAUUUGGUCUAUUUACAAAAUGCGCUUCGCUAUGUCAGCAACGUACCAAACUCGAGAAGCAACACCACCACCGAGCAGCUUUUCUCGGACGAGCAUUUACAGUUUAUUACUGAUCAACGUGAACAAGCGACGGAACAUUGGGAUGCUGAUAUGCUGAAUGUCGCGAACUAUCUCAGCAUCAAAGAUGAGGGUUCGAGAUUCAAUCAAGUAAGGUUCCCUUCACACCAUAAUCUCUCUACUUCUGCAGCUCACCGGGCCACUCUCGGGAAACCAUUCCGUCCUAUCUCCUUCAUUCGCGCUUGUAUUAUUCGGUCCCUUAUGCGUCGUACUCCUCUUGCCGCUUACUUCUCGAGUGACAGUGAUAAAGAAAUGGUGAGUAAAGUCCGUUUCGCCGUAAGGUACCCUCUUUAG